GGAGAGUUGAUGGAGUGUUUGUUAGUUUAGGAUGGCCCAUGGGCAUGGGGCUACCGGGGAAUCUUCCUGACGUAUUAAUGCAAUGACCUUCCUCCUCAUCUUCACAAAACUCUCUAUAAAUAUGACCUCAACAAGCUCUUGCCUAGGCUUGAACAACCAAGCCCUCUUCUUCAAUUCCUCUCUUCCCCCCAUCUUCUUCAACUUCAGCAAGCAUGGUCAACCCCACUUCUUCACUUGACACCACCACACACAAUCUCCUUCUCAAACCCCCCACCAUCAAGUUUCUCUGCAGCUAUGGCGGCAAAAUCCUUCCCCGUUACCCCGACGGCAAACUUCGUUAUUUGGGUGGACAAACUCGUGUUCUCGCUGUCCACCGCUCCAUUUCUUUCUCUGAGUUGUUAUUGAAGUUGAGGGAGAUGUGUGGCACCGUAGUGACUCUACGGUGCCAGUUGCCGACGGAGGACCUGGACGCUCUGAUUUCCAUUACCUGCGACGAGGAUCUCGCCAACCUCAUCGAGGAAUACGAUCGAGUAUCACCUCCACCAUCUUCCUUAAAGAUCAGAGCCUUCCUCUCUCUGCCCAAAAAGCCAUCUCCUCCUCCGUCAUCCAAAUCGUCGUCGUCAUCGUCGUCUUCUACGCCUAGGCUUUUAGUGCCGCCGCCAUCGGAUCGGUGUCUCCGUCAGGUGUCGGCGGCUCCCCCGGUUGCGGUCCCUCACUGGUUGGAGAAAUCUGCCGGGAAGGUUCCUCACUAUGGCUAUCAUGCUCAUGGGAAUCCUCCCCACUUCUACCUCAUCCACAACGGAAAUCACUGGCAAUAACCCAGAACGGAGAACCAAAUUGAGAACCCAAACAAAGAAGUAUGAAAACAAUACUACUGCUAUAAAUAGAUCAACUCGAAUCCAAAAGAAGAAAAAAGAAGCAGAAAAAAAGAUAUUUGAGAAGUAACUCGUAUAUAAAUAUAUAUCAUGUAAUGGAAGGGACUGUAAUUACUCGUUAAGGAUUGCUUUUUGAUGCGAGGCGAUUAAUGAAUUUCCAGUCCAAUUUCGUGUUUGGAUGCCAAAA